AUGGCUUCUCUAGAUGAUUAUGUUCUCCGUCCGUUGUUGGACCUUCGGAGUGAGAGGAACCCGCAGAUGAGUGUUCAUCCUCAUCGAUUGGAGCUGUCGCCUACGGAUAGUGAAGAGCUCGAGGGUGGUACACGAGAAGGAUAUGCCGCGAUCGAUCCGGGAAGUACUGGCACCCGUGCCGUUAUAGCAGUUGCGGAAAUCGACAAGGUCACAGGGAAACGGAAUGUGGUCAACAUUCUUCGCAUCCAAGACUUCAGAGAAGAUGAUGACCGGGACAGACGAACCACGAGGGGCGAGUGGCCAUCGAAGUGCUGCCCGUUUGACGGCCCUCCCUAUCAUGUUGGCUACGAUGCCGACUCUCAAGUCAAAAAGAGGACAAUCUCGAUCAAAGCGAUCCCUUACUUCAGAGCACAAGACGACGAUGGCCAUCCGUUCACGAAAGCUCUUUACGACCACUCCAAAUCACUGCCUUCCGAGAACGCAAGACAGGACUUCGAUGAUGCACUGGAUGCUAUUCUGUUUAAUUUCCUAAGCAACAAAGUCGUCCAGCGCAUCCUCGGCAAGUGCAAAGCGACUGGCGUCAAGCUUCGCUCCCUUGCUCUGUGCGUCCCUCAGACGUGGUCGAGGCGCGAGACGCCCAUCCAGGAGUAUCUGGGCCCCAUACUCGACGAGACAGUGUCCACAGAACGCGUCGAGACCAUGUUUGCCCUCGAGGCCCAGUGUCAGGCUCAGCAUCUCAUCUCCAAAUACCCUCGGGAAUUGAGAGACUGCAAUGAGAUCAUGGUCCUUGACUUUGGCGUCCGAGGAGGCUAUGAGCUCUGGGAGAUUGGGAUUGGCCACUGUAUCGACAAGGCCAUGGUCAGGAACUCAAAACGGUUCCCGCAGAGCAGGCGCCACGUGAUAAGGUCGAAACUCCUGGACGGCUUCUUCAACUCGAAGGCCAGGAUCAACUUCGACAAUCCACACCGACUCCAUGCCGACUUAGUGACUUACUACAACGAUUCUAAGGCGUCAUAUACCGUCUCAAUCACAGCCGAGCAACUCAAGCAGCAGUGGGAGUCGGCGUUCCGCGAAUCUAUCGACCUGGCAACCCAGAACAUCAGGCGCGUGGCCAGGACAGGGAGAAGGCUCAAGAUCCUGCUCACGGGAGGAAGCGCGAACAGCCAGAAUCUGAGAAGUGAGAUACAGAAUGUGUGCAACAAGCUUUGCGAGCAAGGCUUCGAUGUCACCUGUAUUGUCGUUGCGAAGCAACUAGACGUCGUCUUAGCGCCUAAAUGGAGCAUCGCGGAAGGGGCGGCAUGUUGCCAUGCCACCACUAUGGACGUUGAAGAGUUCUUCGACCUCGGCGCAGCUUUUGGCCUGCAAACUCGGAUGGCCACCGCCGAUGAAGGAGAGUGGACCUCAGAAACUGGUCAACUUCUAUUUUUCAAGGAAAACGGCGUCGAGCGGCACCACAGCGUCGAUGUGGAGAUUGACGGGACCAAGAGGAAGUUCAGGAUCAUUGCUAACCCCUUCCAGAUGGUUUCUCGGUACCAAGAGCACAGGAGGAGUGUCCCGGUACAGGAUUCCUACGACGUCUGGGACCUGGUGCUCGAGUACCUCCCAAGCUCUGGAGGAGAACCGUUAUCCAUCCCAAACGGCAGACACAUCCUCGAGGUCGCAGAAAUGGUGUGCAACGGCCGCGAGGCGAUCCUGGUCCUCCGGAUGCGGCCUAAUCUCUCUUCCUACGGUGCUCGAAGAUCGGAGAGAAUCCUGAAGAAGCUCGCCAUCGACGACGUUUGUGACUGGAGUCUGCUUUUCGACCUCCCCCUGACAUCGUGCGGACCCAGCAACCUGGUCGAGCUUGACAUUGACCGUAUCCGUGGCCGCUUUUGGAAACUGGAGGGUGAUGCGGACAGCUGCCCGCCUACGGGACACCGCGAGUUGAGUGUGGAGCUGGGUACUCCAUCCUCGCCGCCGGCCAAGCGCAGGAGGACCGAUGGCCUGUUCGCGGCCGGACCGGAUUCGCAAGGAGACUGA